AUGCCAAAAGAAACAAAAGGCCAAUAAAAAGGAGGAAGAUCUAAAUAUGAAACUACAGAAUAAACCGAAACAUAUAGACAAUAAGAUGCUGUAAAUAUAGAGACUUAUAUAAUAGAAAGAAAAGAAAAUUUUGGGACCUAAAACUAAAUUAGAUUUAGAGAAAUUAGAACCUUACUUCUCUUAAAAUAAUAAUUAUGUUGGAAUGUUCAAGAAGGAUGCAGGAAAGACAGAUAAUAGUUCAGCUGUAGCAUAUUCUGUAAAAUUUCAUCAUAACUGUUAGCAUCCAUUAGAUAGAUUGGGUAUUGUAGAGAAUGAAUAUUGUUAAAAAUGUAAGAAAGAUAAAGGAUUCUGUCCACAUAAGAAGGGUACUUAAAAUAUUGUUAAGGAUCAAUUCCAAUUUCCAAUAAUUAGGUAAGAAUAUUUAAAUAAUUUGCAAGUUCAGCUGAAAUUGGAUGGAGAGAACCUAUUGAUAAUGUUAAUUGGGGAUAUGGAGUUAAGUAAUCUUUCCCAAUUUUCAAUGCAGAUUUCAGAAAUACAUCUAAAAAAGAGGAAAAGGAGAAGGAGAAGAAAUGAU